AUUUCGAUUCAAAGAAAACACCCAAAAAGAAGAAAAUAAAUGUUAUGAGUUUUUGCUUCUGGAAUGCUUCUGUUUUGUCUAUAUAAAACCAACAAAUUUAGCAGCAAUUCUCACAGUUCAACCUGAAGUCUAAUAAUAUUCAUCAAAAGAAUUAAUCAAAAGUCAUGGCUUUGAAUCCCCGGCCUGCUUAUGAAAAUUUGGAGGUUUACACUGAAUGGGUUCAUGAAACUGCAAAGGACACUUUAAUUGCAUAUCUUCAUGGGUUUAAGAAGGAGCAGCUUAAAGUUCAACUGACCAGUGGGGGGAACUUGAGGAUAUCUGGAGAAAAACCAAUUGGUGAGAACAAAUUCAGCCGUUUCUCCAAGGAACUCCCCAUCCCAUCAAAUUGUGACCAGAGCAAAAUCAAAGCAAAUUACAAGGGUAGUAUGCUUCAGGUUAAGUUCCCGAAACUGAUUGUUCCAGCCGAUGAGAAGCCGGAAAAAGUAAAAGCGGUGGCUGAAGUUCCGAACCCGAAGCCUGAUCAUAAGCCUGCAGAUGUGCCGGAGAAACAAAACAAUGCAGUUCAAGAAGGUCAUCCCAAGACCACCCUGGAAAAACAAACAGGUGAUGAUUCAAAUACAGAUGGGGUAGCCAAGGAGGCUGGCAAAGUUUCAGAGAAAACACCAGACAAACAAGAAGAAAUGGAAGAUCAAAGGCAUGCAUCUAAUGGAGCUGAUCACAGACUUAUGGAGAAGGAGAAAAAUGGUAAGGAUCAGGAGGUAAAGAGUAGCUCAGCCAGUGAAAAGCCUGUUGAUUCUGCCCUACGUGCUGCUCAAAGCGGGAUCGUUUAUAAACAAGUUGUUGAGGGUUUGGCCAAGGGGGUGAAGGAUCCAAGAAAAGUUAUGAACAUGGUUUUGGCUGUUUUAUUGGUCGCGGUGCUUGCAGUUUAUCUUAGAAAUGCGAUCAUGUCUCUUGGGAACUACUAGAAGUAAGCUUUGCGGGACGCAAAUACAGAACGUAAUUUCUCGAUUGGUUUCACCCUUUGAAUUUGUCAUUCCUUUUAUAUGCCAAAAGCAGAAGAACAAUAAUGCUAAACAUUAUUCCAACUUCCGAUACAAUAAAGAUGCUAAAUUUGUUUAGGGCUAGAGACCAUUUCAUCUUCAGGAUUGGAGUGUGCAAUUCGAAAUAAUUUUGGAAAAAUGAUACUUGAAAUUGAUUCCAAAUUUGACUUUUUAUGAAAUCUGCAAAGAAGACUACAGGGAGGCAAACAGAGCUGUAGAUUGGGUAGCAAUACAGUUUAAGAAGUGGAUGAGCUUUCAAUAGACCUCUAUCCUCUUUUGAUAUUCAUCCUGGAUAAAAGACGGUCUUCUUGUACCACCAUGUUGAAGAUUUGGUAAUUUGAUUCUAGUUAGUUUACGAGAUUUAGAGAA